GUUCCUAAAAUACCAAGCCCAACCAACCCUUCCAUCUUUCUUCCCUAUGGGCCCUCUUGCGGCCUUUCUCUCUCUCUCUCUCUCUCACACACACACACGUACACAGAGACACAUAGUUGUUGCAGCUUAACAUCAUGAUUAUAGUCCCCUUGUAAGCUUUAUAUGCAAAAAUUCCAAAUAUUCCCUUCAAAGAACCCAACUUUGAAUGUCAUCUUUUCCUUAAUUUCUGCUUGGGGGGCAAGACCAGAGAUUUGAUUUUCUUGCAAAGACUUUGAAGAAUUUCUACAGUUGACCCUCAAAGUUUGAGUUGGGUGAGUUCAAUUAGCAAAAGAUUGUAUCUUUGAUUGACCCUUUUGAGUUAUUGGGGAUUUGAGGGUAGAAUGGAGACAGAGAGUGGUAGCAAGUCAAAGAUGGAUGAUUAUGAAGUGGUAGAGCAAAUUGGAAGAGGAUCUUUUGGUAUAGCAUUUCUUGUUCUUCAUAGAGCUGAGAAAAAGAAGUAUGUUCUGAAGAAGAUACCUUCAGCAAAGCAGUCAGAGAAGUUCAAACGUACUGCACAUCAAGAGAUGAAUCUGAUAGCUAAGCUAAGCCAUCCAUAUAUCGUGGAGUACAAGGAUGCUUGGGUUGACAAGGGGAACUGGAUAUGCAUCGUUACCAACUAUUGUGAAGGUGGAGAUAUGGCAAAGAUCAUAAGGAAGUCUAGAGGAGCUCUCUUCCCAGAAGAGAAACUCUGCAAGUGGCUGACUCAGCUAUUACUGGCUGUGGAUUAUCUGCACUCCAACCGUGUUCUACACAGAGACGUGAAGUUAUCUAACAUUUUUGUCACAAAGGACAAUGACAUCCGGCUAGGUGAUUUUGGAUUUGCAAAACUUUUAGAUGGAGAAGGCCUUGCUUCCUCGGUUGUUGGUACUCCAAACUAUAUGUGCCCUGAGCUCCUUGCUGAUAUACCGUAUGGCUACAAAUCUGACAUAUGGUCUCUUGGAUGCUGCAUGUUUGAGAUUGCCGCACACCAAGCACCAUUUAGAGCUCCAGACAUGACAGGACUUAUCAAUAAAAUAAACAGGGGUUCUUUAUCACCACUUCCAAUUAUAUAUUCCUCCAACUUGAAACAGAUUGUUAAAAGCAUGCUAAGGAAAAGCCCAGAACACAGACCAACAACUGCAGAGUUGUUAAGGCAUCAACAUUUGCAACCAUACCUCCUUCGCUGCCGCAACCCUUCUUCUGCUUUUCUUCCAGUGAAGUCCCCAAACAGCCCAAACAAGCAAUCACCUGGAAAAUCUGGCAGUCCUAGAUUCAUAAGAGACAGACCUCUAAGGCUAAAGGAGAAGAGUCCUGUUUUUCACUUUGAUGAAAGUGAAAAACCUCUAAGGCUAAAAGAGAAGGGUCCUGUUUUUCACUUUGAUGAAACGGACAACAUUCGGCCACAAAAUUUAUCAGACAACUAUGACACAUUUAAAGCCAAACUUGAGACUAAGAGAGUUGAUCCCACUAGCUACUCGGCAAAGAUCUUUGUCGAUGGUGUGGAUUCUAAAUGCUGGGACACUAAUGAGGCGGCUAUUUGCAAUGGAGGCGAUCAAACCGACUCUCUGUUGCAAAAAGGAAGUAAAAAUACACCAAACUCUUCAAGAUUCACGGCAAAAACUCGCUCUGCAGAGCUAGAGCAAGAUUCUGCUGAGCAUGUUCAACAAUCUGAAGAAGGUGAUGGGGAGAGUGACAAAACAAAAGACCUUGAGGUGUUGAGCACUCCAAGUGGCAGUGGAGAAGCAGACUUGAAUGAACUAGAUAGUAUCUCCACGAAGCCUAGCAGAAUGAAAUUGUCUAGUGGAAGCUCUAAUGAGAAAACACGGUCCUUUGAUGAAGAAAGCACUUCAUCGACUUCGCGACCUGCAAAAUCUGAUACUGAUGCUGAACUAAGGUGUCAUGCAUCUGAAACUGAAAAUGUUGGCGAGCUUAAAGAAGUUUCUGUUGACUGCAUCGCUUCUGAAAGAAAUGGGUCAAGCCCACUUAAAGAUGAGAUAGAAAAGAAGAACACAAAUAUGGUUGAAGAUACUAAACAGACCGAUAAAGAUGCUCGUCAAGCACUAGAUGAUAGGGUUUCACUGCUUAAGGCACUAGCUGCAUUAGCUGGUGAUGGGCACAAAAACGACUGGGAAAAUCCCACUCAAGAAAGAGCUGAAGCUCUGGAAUCCCUUUUAGAGGUUUGUGCACGACUACUCAAGCAGGAAAAAAUUGAUGAGCUUGCUGGUGUGCUGAAACCAUUUGGCGAUGAUGCAGUUUCAUCUAGAGAGACGGCAAUAUGGCUAACAAAAAGCCUCAUGAGUGCACAAAAGUUGGCCAAGGGAUCGUGAUUUUUGUGGUGGCAGUGAAAUACUACUGUACAGAGUGAUUUGUUUGCUUUCAGUGGGUUGACAUAGAUGUUUAGCUUGACUGUGUUUGAUUUCCUUCUAAAUGAUUUGAUUUAUGGGAAAGCUUACUUUGAUGGUAUUAUUUUCCAUCAAAGAAGCUUCUCUGGUGUGUAACAUGAGAGUGUGAACUAAGUUUUGUUGGAGGCUUGAUGAAUUGAGGUUGUAUAAUUGUAGGACAUCUGAUGGAAUUGUGAAGAUCUUAAAUUACUCCUAACUCAGUUUGCUAA